AUGCAUUUUUUCGGUACUUUCCUAUUGAUUAUCUAUGCUGUUUUUGUGGUUCAAGCUUGCACUCCAGCACUGUUUGAAGGAAGAGGAACAGCACCACAAGGACCACCAGGGCGAGAUGGGCGAGAUGGACCACGAGGAAAACCAGGAAACCGGGGAAGAGAUGGCCCAACAGGGCCCCAAGGAUUACCAGGACCACGAGGGCCAGAAGGAGAACCUGGUAUCAAAGGAGAAAAAGGACCACCAGGAACAAAAGGUCAACAAGGACCUCAAGGAGAAGCAGGACCUCCCAAACAAAGAUGA